UGGACAGCUCGUACUUUAAGAGCCACUCACUCUGAGGUGCAACAUGGCACUGCAGGAACUCGGCAUCAUCCUGGCCAUGCUGGGCCUGGCUGGGACCACGUUGAUCUGUGCACUUCCCAUGUGGAAGGUGACGGCCUUCGUCGGGACCCGGCUGGUGGUCAUGCAGGUGUUCUGGGAAGGUCUGUGGAUGACGUGCGUCAGCGAAUACACGGGCCAGAUGCAGUGUAAACUCUACGACGCCCUGCUGGAUCUCUCUCCGGAACUGCAGGCUGCUCGCGGUCUGGUCUGCAUCAGCCUGGUCCUGGGAUGGAUUGGCUUCUUGGUCUUCCUCCUGGGCGCCCGGUGCACCAAGUGCCUGAGCCACCCUCGCAUAAAGACCCGAGUGGUGCUGGGCUCGGGCCUCGUCUUCGGUGUGACGGGCCUCGCUGCCAUGGUGGCCGUGUCCUGGACGGCCACUGACAUUAUCAGAGAAUUCCAUAACCCACGAGUCCCCGAGGUACUCAAGCGGGAGAUUGGGGCGGCCAUUUAUAUCGGGUUUGUCGCUUCGGGAUUGCUACUCUGUGGCGGGGGCAUCCUGUGUGGGAGCAGGUCGCCACCCAGCGCCGCAAUACUUUCUGAUGGGUACAGUCCAGCCAGGGCCCCCACAAACUGCAGCUAUGCCAUCAAGAACUACGUCUAGACCAGGCGAGGCGGGCCG